AGAUUCCAUUUCUGUGCAGUUUUACCCCCCGUUCAUCUUGUACGCUUUCGCCAUAGACUUAAGAUACGUACAAGCGUACAGAAGUACACCAUACACUGCAUUCAAGCGUACGGGCCGAAUUGCAUGCCGACUCGGCCUCGGAAUCGUACCAUCCGCCAUCUUGCUCCGCGGCCAACACGACACAGACUUUUGCCACAGCCGGCGUUCCUUUGUUGUUGGCGACGGAAGUUUUUAGAAGAAAUCGUCGCCAUCGGCUGGGUGUUUAAAUCUGAGAGACGAUUCUAGAGAGCGUUAUGAAGUUGCUACUCGCGAUCUCAUUGAGCUUAUUCGCUCUUGCGUCUGCUGUGCCGGGCGAGACUCUGGUUCUGGUGGAUAGCCUGUCGUUCAGAGACACGCACUCGCAGUUCUUCAACUUUCUGGAAGAGCGAGGCUACAAGUUGACAUUCAAACAGGCAGAUGACUCGACUCUCACGCUGAAGAAAUACGGCGAGUUCCUCUACAAACAUUUGAUACUCUUCACACCAACAACAGAAGAAUUCGGUGGGACCAUCAAUGUCCAGGCGCUCACGGAGUUCAUCGACAACGGCGGGAACGUGUUGGCAGCCGUGAAUUCGCGCGUAGGAAAUGUCAUGAAGGAACUGGCCGCGGAAUGCGGAUUCGAAGUCGACUCCGAGGGGAACCAAAUGUUUGACCAUCACAACUACGAUGUCUACCUUGACAAGGGAGAUCACACCGUAAUUGCUUUCGACAGUUCUCAAGUCAUCGAUGUUCCUGCGAUGAUCGGCACCAAGAAACUCGAACCCAUGCUCUUCAGCGGCAUCGGUUUGAUAACCGACCGGAAGAAUCCGCUUGUGACCACCGUGAUCCGGAGCUCUGCCACUGCUUACAGUGCACCCGCAUCGAAGGCGGUCACAUCGACACCCUUGGUUGCUGGGGAGAAAGGUGCUCUCGUCGCAUCCCUACAGGCUCGCAACAACGCCAGGGUUCUCUUUUCCGGUUCAUUGUCCAUGUUCAGCAAUGAAUAUCUCGAUGCCGUCGUUAAAACCAACGGUGACCUGAUGGCUGUCAAGAGCGGGAAUAAGGAUCUCGUCGAGUCUCUGGCGCGUUGGGUUUUCAAGGAGACCGGCGUUCUGAGAUACUCGGACGUGAAACACGGCGGUCCUUACACCGUCAUGGACAAUGCGAGCUUCUCGAUGAAGGUCGAGAUGUUGGAUAACGCCGGGAAGUGGAUCCCGUACGACGCCCCGUCGAUCCAGCUCGAAUUCGUUCGGAUCGAUCCUUUCGUCCGCACCGAGAUGAAGCGCGAGGCCAACGAUGGGACAUACGGAGUGACCUUCAAGGUUCCCGACGUGUACGGAGUUUACCGCUUCAAGGUCGACCAUCGACGUCGCGGAUACGACAACUUGGUCGUCGCUAGUCAGGUCUCCGUGCAUCCGCUCCAACACACGAUGUACGAACGUUUCAUCCCUGCGGCCAAGCCCUACUACUGGUCGGCGUUUUCGAUGAUGCUCGGAUUAUUUGUUUUUAGCUUUGUUUUCAUCCACCAUAAAGAGCCGGCUUCGAAACAUAAGAAAGAGUGAUUAGCUUCACAAUUCAUACGAGUCAACACCGAGACCAAGCAAGCGACCCAAAGUUCGAGAGAAAGGGAGAGCGAAUGGAAAUUUGUUGCAUAAAUAAGUAUCGGUGCAGAAGAGUCUGUGCGCACAGAGGAGAGUCAGAUGGGUAAUAAUGGGAUCUACCGUACGAAAGCAAGUCUCCAUGUUGGUCGAUGCAGUCAAGGAACAUAUAUUUCUCCCCUGACUCCCCGACAUCCGAGUCGUUUCCUCUUCAUUCCAAUGGUUUUCUCAAUUGUUCCGAAUCGUGGCAUUGCGCUGAGAGCUCGCCGACCUGUAAGACGUGGGACGAUGAAAUAAAUCUAUUUAAUAUGUACA